AUGCACCCUAAGAAGGUUACCUUCUUCAAUGGAACGCCGGAGCUUGAAUAUGAUGAUGAGAAAUUUGAAGAAUUGAUUGCUCUGCACAAGAUGAAUCUGGAAGAUUAUCAACACUGUUGGAUCACAUCCUUAUGGAAUAUUGGAGGCUAUCAAAUGUGCAUUUUGAAAUGGCAACUGGGCUUCAAGUUCGAAGAAGACCCUCUGAUUGUCCCAAUCUGGGUUUCGCUCCAUGAGCUCCCCUUAGAAUGGACACACCGCAAGGUUCUUUUCUCUAUUGCAUCUGCUGUUGGGAAGCCUCUUCAAGUUGACACGCCAACCCUCAAUUUGACGAGGCCAUCUGUAGCGCGCUUCUGUGGUGAGGUUGACCUCACGACGGAGUUGCGGAAGUCAAUUCGCAUUGGGAAAAAAGGUAAGAAGUAUGAGCAGCUCUAUACCUAUGAAUAUGUUCCGUCAUACUGCUCGGCUUAUUGCAAGAUCGGGCAUAAGGAAUUUGAUUGUAGGAAGGGUAAAGGAGUGGCAUUGAAUGUGUUAAAGGCUGAUGCAAAGAAGGCCGAACACGCGGAUUUGGAAAUGAAAACGGCCGGGAACAAGAAUGGAAUUCGAUUGCAGCAGAAAAAAGUGACAUGGGGCUCUAGAAAGACGGGAAAGUCGACUGACUUGCAGGUUGAGAUCAUUCAGGAAAACCCCCUGACUGUUAAAGGAGUAGAGUCGAAAGUCGCUGAGUCGCGGCCUGCGGAAACCCUAGCACGCAACGGGGGUUCAAUUUCAGGAUUGUUCGUGAAAGACAAGUGCGUUGUUCCUGUCGAUAUUGUGGAUAGUUCCCCUUCUGAUCCUGGGCAUUACCAUUUGGAAGAUACUGUCCAUGUUGUUCCUGAGACUCGAGAUAUAGAAACAAUGGAUGACCAUUCUAAGCUAUGUGAUCUGAAUAAAUCUGCCCCAGUAUCGCAAGCAAACAAGUUUGCGAUUCUUCAAGACAUUGAUGACUAUGGUGAUGCGGUUAAAACUUUCGAAAAUGAAGAUGAUAAUGAUGAUGUGGAGAAUGUAUUUACGGAAGAACAUAAUGACAACCAGUUGACUCUUGUUGACAAGGUCUCAAAUAAUCUUGUUAAUGAGGGUUUGCCGGCAAACUCUCUUGCCCGGAUGACUCUUUUCUUGCGGAUUCAUUUGAAACGGAUGAUGAUGAAGCUGCUCAGACAGAUUGCUGGUCUGAAGGGAAUAAGAAGAAGGGAGAAUGCGCAAAGGGAAUUUUCAAUCAAGAAGAAGCGAGGCCGCAACUUGAAGGUGGAGCACGCCAAGCUGCUGGAUGGUAAAGAGCUUCGGCGAUCUCUUCGCCUUCAAUAA